AAGCAUGGCUAGGCCCUCACUCUCUUCAACUUCCAAGAGUGGGUCAGGAGGCUGUUUACAACAGCCUGAAAGGCUCACCGCCCGCCGUGGUCCUGGGCUCUGCAGUUGAGGUUUCAGGUUUCAAUUCUCCCGGGAGCACGAGAAGUCGCGGCGUGCUCCGUGCGGCUGCCGCCUCCGCCGCCGCCGGGUCUCUGCUAAGGCUGCGCUCGAAAGCGGAUUCCGGGCGCGGCCGCGCACUCGCCUGCCCGGGACGGAGGUGGGGCGCCGUGGCUGCGGCUGCCGCUGAGCUGCUGUAGCUGGGCGCGCAGGGAGGCGGCGAGCACAGCUGGGCCGGGACUUCCUUCCUCUACCGCAGGACAACAAAACAACCCGGCAGCAGGCACCGAGCUCUUGGCAGCUGUCUGGGCGAGAGGCGCAGCGAUGGGCUCCGUGCUUAGCAGCGAUAGCGGCAAAUCCGCCGCCGCCUCGGCCGCCCCGCGGGCCCUGGAGCGCAGGGGGGACCCGGAGCUGCCCGUCACGUCCUUCGACUGCUCCGUGUGCCUCGAGGUGUUGCACCAGCCCGUCCGGACCCGCUGCGGCCACGUAUUCUGCCGUUCCUGUAUCGCUACCAGUCUAAAGAACAAUAAGUGGACCUGCCCUUACUGCCGGGCAUAUCUUCCUUCAGAAGGAGUUCCAGCAACUGAUGUAGCCAAAAGAAUGAAAUCAGAGUACCAGAACUGCGCUGAGUGUGACACCCUGGUUUGCCUCAGCGAAAUGAGGGCGCACAUAAGGUCUUGUCAGAAGUAUAUAGAUAAGUAUGGACCACUGCAAGAGCUUGGAGAGACGGCAACAAGGUGUGUGUGUCCAUUUUGUCAGAAGGAAUUGGAUGAAGACAGCUUGCUGGAUCACUGUAUCACUCAUCACAGAUCAGAAAGGAGAUCUGUGUUCUGUCCACUCUGCCGAUUACUACCUAAUGAAAACCCAAGCAGCUUCAGUGGCAGUUUAAUAAGACAUUUGCAAGUCAAUCACACUUUGUUUUAUGAUGAUUUCAUAGAUUUUAAUAUAAUUGAGGAAGCUCUUAUCCGAAGGGUCUUAGACCGGUCACUUCUGGAAUAUGUGAAUCACUCGAACACCACAUAAUUAUAUCCAAAGGAAAGGGAAGGAGACCAUACAAUUGCACCAUUUGUUAAGAUGCUGCUUGAACAAUUGGAGGGAAAUUGUCAAUGUUCUAUGGGCAAAAAUGUACAACACAGUUAUAUGUUUGUCCAUGUUUAUUGUUGUAUUGCAUUUUAUAACUGCUUUCCUUUGGAUGGUUUAAAUCUGUUUUACAUUCUUGACUUUCUUAGACACUUAACAAAAAUUAGUUUCCAUUAGCCAUCAAGGUAUAGAGGAGAACAUAAGGCAGGAUAUGUGAGUGUACGAUCUUUAUUUGCAAAUUGGAUGAUACUAUGUAUAAUGCUGUAGAUUAAUAACUAUCAUCAUGGUUGGGCAAGAUAACUAAUAUUUGUUCUAUGUAAAAAGAUGGAGAGUGAAACCAAGUAUAGACAUUCAAGGAAACAUGAAAUCUGCUCUAGGGCUUAUCUAAUCUCUAAUAGAAUAAUAUGGGUAACCUUGUAUCAGAGUAGAAAAGGAAAAUCUUGAAAGUCAGCAAAGCCUGCUUAACCAAAUUGUAAAACAACACUGUAAACAAAGUAACUGUUGUGUUAACAAUGUAUGCUUAAUACUUAGACUUUUUAUAACUAUGCUCAAUAAGAAUUUACUAUUAUAUUUUUCAAAUAUUUGUAGCUUAUUAUUUAGAAAUAUUUCUAUAAUAUAGGUAAUUUCUUAAGGACCUUUAGCUGAUAUUUAUAGAAGUGUUCACAUCCAUAAUUUUUAGUGGAAAACCCUAAGGGCUUUGAUUUUUUUUUUUUUUUUACUUUUAUCUUUUAGAAAAAAAUAUAUAAAAUAUAAAUACUGAAAGCCAAACCGAAAAUGUAGGAAACAGUUUUAGAAGUCUGCCACUCUGGACUUCCUCUGUGUGUCCACUCACAGUUAUUAACUGUCUUCCACAGAAGUAAUCACUACAGUGAUAUCAAUACCUAAGUGUGUAUUUUAAUCUGUAGUUUCUCUUUUCUUUUCUUUAAAAUUUAUUAGUUGAAGAACUUGGUCUUGGAUAGAGUUAUCCACAAUCUGUAUUUUGCUGUUUGCAUGCUCAUGGUGCAAUUCAGCACAUUCCUCUUUCCUCUGAAUAUUGACACAUGGAUCCAGAUAUAAUAGACUCAGGUUCAAUCCUUUUUGGCAAGAUUAUAGGUCAUGGUGUGUCCUUUCAACAGAGGGCACACAGAACAAUGUUCUGUUCUCUCUUUUCAUGAUGUCAGCUGAAAUUGAUACUCAAUGCCUAGAUCCAUUGAUUUAUUGUGAGCUGGAGGAUAUUCUAAUUCUAUAAUUUCUCUUCCACUUAUUAGUUGGAACAUUUUUAUAAAGAGAUGUUUCCCCACAUCUACUAUUUGGUUAACCAGUGGUCAGGUUUGUAUAGGAAAGGGAAAGUAAAUAUUUGUAUUCUCCCUGUAUUUACUAAUUUUCAAGAUAGUAAACUUGUUUCCUAUUCGCUUCCGGAGAUCACUUUUUCUUUCUUUUUUUUUUUUUUCAGUGUUGUGAACUCAUGGAUUCAAACAUGUGUGAUAGGCCUCAACCCAUUUCGGAUAUUACCUUAUUGAAGUUUAAAUUGUCCCAUCUCUGGCUAUUGGGAGCCAUGCCAAGUUGGCGCUGAGUUGUUUUGACACUCCACUAGCCAUCUUUAAUAGCUUCCUUGGUAUCUCAGAAGACAAGAUAUUCCAGGCUCAACUUGUGUGUUAUCUGCCCCAGACCUGGAAUCAGUUAUCACUCUAAAAAGCUUAGUUACUUUCAGUGAGAAAUGGCAUUUCAAAACCAUAAUCAGGGCUCUAAGGAUGCUCAUUGCUAGUAGAUUGGCCGUUUCUAGGAAAGAGCUAGGACAUAUCUAUUUUUUUUUUUUUUUACAAGGUAAAACACUUUGUGAGUUUAUUGUAAAACUUCCAAAUCAAGUUGAGUACUACAGGGAUUUUACUUAAUCCUUUCUAUUACUACUGUAUCUCCACUUUUCUACAAUGGGAAUCCUAGUUCUCAAGGACACAGGGCAUGAUAGAGUUAAACUAGCCCACAAUUACUCACUUUCUUUAUUUACCUUACACGUGCAGCAGCCUCAGAAUAACAGUGCUAAAACCACCACCACCAAUAUGAUAACUGAAGCCGUUAAAAUGUUUUCGUUUGCUCUUCCCAGUCUCUAUUUGUAAAAGUCCUACUAUAUCAGCAUUUCCAGAACAUACUGGUGUAACAUACUAUACUCUCUCCCUUCUAUCACCCAUUUAGUCUUACUUCUUCAAGUAACUGUAUAUUCAGUGCUUGUCACUAGUGGUCAUCUGUGAUGACUCUGUUUUUCAUAUCUGGUUCUUUAAUGAUGAAUCCAGGACAUAGAAUGAUGUUUCUGUAUUGAAAGUAAGCAAAGGAAGCUAUUGAAGACUAGUGAUAACAGCGGAGGAUAAAAUAUUUGGCUCUACUUAGCUUUGUAAUUGUAAUCGUUAUAAACUCUGUUCCUUACACACAAAUGUACUCAUAACCACAGUGCCCCAAAUGUUUUAUAAUUACCCAUUCCUUCAUUAAAGUCUUGCUUACUAUUCUGCCAUCCCCUAUGAGGUAAUUAGAAAAACAUAAAACCGGAUGAAAUCUAGAGGGCCUUAUUUCCUCUCUUUUAGAUACUGGUUUCAAGCUUGCUUUUCACAGCUGCAAACAAGUAGGAAGAGAUUUUUGGUUUCACAGGCUCUUGUCCUGCAAUUUGGAUGGAUCAUCCAAUAAAGCAAAAUCUGCUAGACCACAAGUGCAAAAAGAGCGGAAUUUCUCAAA